CCUGAAGAGACGCUCACUCUGGCAGAGAGAGCUCCGCAACAAAACCAGCUCCACUUUCACUGAGAGAGGACAGCAGGAGGGAGUACUGGGAGUACUGGGAAUACUGGGAAUACUUCCACUUUAACCAGGUACUGACUCCACCAACUGAAGCAGACUUUAAAAGAACUCAGAACCAAAGAGAAAGGAACUUUCAGGGACAGGGAGUGGCUUCCUGUUUGUCUGCAGCGUCUCCAGCAUCUCUCCAGACAAAAUGGCGUCCAAGUUAGAGGAGGAUCUGAGCUGUCCGGUCUGCCUGGACAUCUUUGAAGAUCCCGUCAUGCUGUCCUGCAGCCACAGCUUCUGUAGAGAGUGUGUGGAGAAGAGCUGGAAGGAGGAGGAGGACAAGGAGUGUCCCAUCUGUAAGAGGAGACAUUCAAAGGGAUUAUUACCUGUUAACUCUGCUUUAAAGAAUCUGUGUGAGACUUUUCUGCAGGAGAGAAAACGACGAGCUUCAGAGGAUCUUUGCAGUCUGCAUCAGGAGAAGCUCAAACUCUUCUGUCUGGACCAUCAGGAGCAGAUGUGUGUUGUCUGCAAAGAUUCAGAAAAACACGCUGAGCACCAGUUCAGACCCAUCCAUGAAGCUGUUCAACAACACAAGAAGAACCUUGAGGAAACUCUGCAGCCCUUAAAGAAGAAGUUAGAGGCUCUUAAAGACGUUCAAGUGAAGUUUGAUCAAACAGAAGCUCACAUGGAGGUCCAGGCCCGACACACAGAGAGGCAGAUUAAGGAGCAGUUCAAGAAGCUUCAUCACUUUCUAGCAGAGGAAGAGGAGGCCAGGCUGCAUGCACUGAGGGAGGAAGAAGAGCAGAAGAUGAAGAGGAUGAAGGAGCAGAUGGAGGCUCUGAGAGCACAGAUAGCAGAUCUUUCACAGACAGUCAGAGCUACAGAGGACCAGCUGACGGCCCAAGACGUCUCCUUCCUGAAAAACUACAAGGCUGCAGUGGAGAGAGUCCAGCAGCGCCCCCUGCUGGAGGAGACACAGCUGCCCUCAGGAGCUCUGAUAGACCAGGCCAAACACCUGGGCAACCUGGGCUUCAAGAUCUGGACCAGGUUGAAGGACAUGAUCUCCUACACACCCGUCAUUUUAGACCCAAACACUGCUCAUCCAAACCUCAUCCUGUCUGAUGAUCUGACAGCUGUGACAGGAGGAAAGAGACAGCAGCUUCCUGAUAAUCCAGAGAGGUUUGAUGGUUCCUACUCUGUCCUGGGCUCUGAGGGCUUUAACUCAGGGACUCACAGGUGGGACGUCGAAGUUAGAGACUGUCCAUUCUGGAUCCUGGGAGUGUUACCAGAGUCUGCUGAGAGGAAGGAAGACAUGUUGUCUACAGGUUGGGCAGUACGAUUCUGUGGUGGUAAAUACUACACCCAAUCACCAUCACAUCCAGUCACUGAACUCUCAAUGCAGACCGAACCAAAGAGGAUCAGAGUGAAUCUGGACUGUAACAAAGGAGAGUUGUUGUUCUCUGAUCCUGAUACUAACACACUCAUACACUCCUUCACACACACUUUCACUGACAGGAUGCUUCCAUUGUUUAGAAAUUGGUCUAUCUCCUCACUGCAGAUUCUCCCAGAGAAGAUCUCUGUGAGCGUGGAACCAAACUAAACAAACAUGAUGUUAUGAUGGCAUUUGAUCCAGUCACUUCUGAUAUUUGACUACAGAAACUUUCCUUUCAUGGUUUACAGUCAACAAAUCUAUGAUGGAUCUAUGAUGGACAUGUUUACUAAGCCACAAACAGAAAAGCUCACAAUUGCUGUGUUGUAAUUGUAGGCUGUUAGAUUUCAUGCUGCUCAUUUUUUACAAGAAGUUUGUGGCAAAUUCAUGACACUUGUUUGAAGAGAAGAAGUCAGUGGGGGUUGAUCUGGGGGGAUUGAUCCAUUGAUCACCUGUAGAGAACAGGUAGCGGCUAUUAUUUGACUUUUCAUGGAUGAUUUCUGAGAUGUGCUGCUGUCUCAGCACUUUCAUUUCUUUAUUGUAGCUGCUAAGUGUAUGUUUGUAGACUUCUGAAUAGAUCUGAACUUUGUAUUUAUACAAUUUAUAUGCUUAUACCCCCAGAAAUUUAAAUCAAAUUUCCCAAAAUCUACAAAUAUAUGUUCAAAAUUAAAAUAAAAUUCACAAAAAUAAACCCCACCCCCUCAAAAAAGUCUAAUCAAAUUCUUAAAAAUUUCCAAAUACAUUUCUCAAUUUUUCUUUUAAUACAUGAAAGUUUAAAAGCUCAAUUCUCCAAAAAUUUAAAUCAAGUCCCCCCAAAAUUCACAAAUAAAUGUUCCACAUCUUUUCAAAAACACCUCCUAAAGUCAGCCCUGAUUGGUUUAAUGUUCACAAACAGAGCUGACAGAAUAACUGACUCUGGAGGAUUUGAGCUUGGUCUCAGUGAUCGCUGUCCCAUCACUUCUAUUCUAAAUACAAAAUUAAACAGAGACUGUCCUAGUCACAAUUUCAAACAUGUCAGUGAGCAAACAUCAUUUUAGACGUGACCUUCAUGAUACCACUAAAAUCACAGAUGUUGGCGUGGCUCAUAACCACUUUAGUAAACCAUUGAACUCUGUUGCUGAUAAGCAUGCACCCUUCAAAACCACAGAGUGAAAAAUAGGAACUCUCCUCUAUUUAUAAACUGUGAUGUCUGUCAGAAAUAUCUGAAUCUUUAAUAAAUGAGAAACUGAAAUCAUUUCUUUUAGACUGCUCUGUUUUAAGUUGACACCAGUGUGGUUUUAGACACAAACACAGCACUGUCACUGCUGCCACUCUUGUUUUAAAUGACAUUAUAUCAGCCUUGAUAACAGGAAACACUGUGCAGCUCUGUUUAUUGACCUUUCCAAAGCCUUUGAUACUGUUAAUCAUUAGUGGUGUAAAGAUAAUCCCGUAUGGACCGCUGAACUGAUCUGAACCUCAGAGGUCUUAUUGUUGGUUUGGAUGGAUGGAUGGAUUUAAUGAACAGACAUACAGUAUAUUAUCCUGCUGUAGCAUUAUCCAGAUCAACUGAACUGACUACAUUUCCACCCUCUGUACCGUCAGCAGCACUAAUAAAUUUAGCUUAUCACUGUCCAUUCACAUGCAGACACGUAGAAACACUGACGGGCGUUUUACAAAUGCUGCUGUUGAUUUAACACAUUUUACUGUUGCUUACUGCCAGUUGAUAUAUUUUUAUUUCACAGAGCUCGUUCAUGUUUUGCUCUCAGUGGAUGCCGUUAUUACUACAUACAUGAAUACAGACCACUGAGUCCUAAAACCAUUCAUCACAAUCUGUUUUAUGUGAACACGUGUGCUUCUUAUUCAGAAAAACUUAAGUUCCCUCGUAUACUUCUACAUGCUUGUGAGGCGGUCUUGCCUCUAGCAAUAUGGCGGACAGGCUGACGUAUCUCAGCAGCGGGCAAACACAGCCAAUGAGGCGUCUACGUAGAUCCUGCUGCUCCCUUCUUAUUGUUGUUAGUCAUGUAAACUAUGUUACUUCACAUUAAUCAGAAGGUUUUAAACUAGCUGGAAAAGAAAUCAAGUGCUGUCAACCAGCAGAUGACACAACAUUUGAUUCAAAAACAGAACUGAGGUGAAAAAAAGCCAUCGAACACCUGAAGACAUUUUCAGUGGUGUCAGGAUUGACUGUAAAUGUUGGAAAAUGUGACCUGUUUGCUUUAAAAGAUGAACCAAAUGAUCCUAGAAAUCUGUGGUAAUGGUAUAAAAGAUGUGGUUUCAUAUCUGGGCAUUAAAAUAUGUCAAAAUCUAAAGGAACAGGUUCAUAUGAGGGUUGAUCCUUUAAUUCAAAAAGUGAAAAAGAAAUGUGAUGUUUGGUUGUUCAGAGAUUUAUCUUAAAAUGGACGUAUUUGACUUUAAGUGAAGGGCUUUCACCACUGGUGUACCCAGCUAUGGUUCUGGAUGUUCCACAAGAAGUUAUAAAACAGACUGACAGGAAACUUUUCAGCUUUGGAUGGAAAAAUAAACCCCAUUAUUUAAAAAAAGAUGUACUAUGUAAGUCAGAGUUCACUUAAAAGAAAAGGGUGCUUUAUUUUUUAUGACAAUGGAAAUGACAACUGUCAGACAAUUUUAUAUUAAGUUUAAUUGUAUUGUAUGGAAAAUAUUAUAUCCAUAAAUGUAAAUGGACUCAAAAGACACCAGCGAUACAACAAUUCACAGUGGAAACUGAAUAUAACAUGAACUCACUACAUGAAUUGAUCAACGAAAGGGUGAAAAAAAACCUUUCGACACUUCAGAAUCCCUAAAUAUUUAGUUUAAAUUCUGGAUACCCCAAAUAUGGAUGGGCAAAUGGACAAGAAGCCGAAUACAGGGAUCUGAUAAGUGCCUUCAGUGACUGGAGUCACAA